UAUUUGAUUUGGCCUAAAUGACGUGAAGGCUGUCAAAACCUGGUCGAUUAGGUUACAUUUUUGACCGGAAAAUAUUUAAAAAAAUAAAAAACCGAAAGAGUUUUUGGGGGAAAUUUUCAAGUGACGCGGACAAAUUGCCGAAACAGUUUUUUUUUCUUUUUUAAUAAAUAUUUAAAAAAAAAAACACCAAUAUGGGAGUUACUCGGAUAGAUUGAUGCAGAGAAAACAGAGGAGUAAAUUUACGUUGGCAGAGGGGAUUUUAGCCGGGGCUAAGACGAAAAUCUUUCGGAGUACAAUGGAGGUGGGGGUGGUAAAAAUCGCGGAGGACAGCGAUUUUUGCACGUUAAAGUAUUUGGUCGAUUGCCACGAGGGUUGGAAACUGGACUACGAUAGUAAAUCAGAUAAUACCAGAGUAUGGACCAAAUCCACUCAGGCAACAAACUUUAAAAUGGUCAAAGUCCACACGGUCUUCCAGAACAUUAGUGCGAGCACGAUGUUCGACGUACUACACGACCCCGAUUACAGGAAAGAGUGGGACGAACACAUGUUGAUCUCCACCGAGAUCGGUUAUUUAAAUCCCAAUAAUGACGUCGGUUAUUAUGCGUUGUCCUGCCCGGCCCCCUUAAAAAACCGAGACUUCGUCCUCCAAAGGUCGUGGCUCGACAUGGGCGAGGAGAAACUCAUAAUAAACCACUCGGUGCACCACAAGAACUACGCACCUAGAAAAGGCUUUAUAAGGGCAAUAUCCUUUAUGACGGGUUUCGUGAUACGGGGCAGAAAAGAAGGCUGUUUUCUCGGCUACAUAUCGCAAACCGACCCCAAGGGGCGACUCCCUUCGUGGAUAGUGAAUAAGGUGACACAAAAGUUGGCCCCCAAGGUGGUGAAGACCCUGAAGAAGGCGGUGGAAGGGUACGAAACGUGGAAGUCUCGACAGCCGAAUCCUUUGAAUAAACCUUGGAUUUAUCCGGAGUUGACCCUAAUGAGUCCCAGGAUCAGUAUUAGCGAUUGUAUUAAUGUGGAACACCCUGGGCAGGACUUCGAAACAGACGACGAGAACCAAUAAGUAGAUGGUAUUUUUAACUAACUUAUUGCUGCAAGAGUUUUAUAUUUUAUUUUUUUUUUAAGUUGCCUUUUUUAUAGUUUUGAAAUAAAAAUGAUUUAACCUUCUUUUUAUAUGGUUACUUUUCUUUGGCUUAUAAAAGAACUUAAAAAUGUGAUAUUCAAAAGCAAUAGCACAAACAAAAAGAUUUCUUCCUUAAUUCAUACGCCUACAAACAAACAAACAACAUUACUGUGAUUUCCAUUUAAAUUAUUAUACCAUUGUUAAAGAGAUUAGCCUCUAUAUUGUUCAUACAUAUAAUACAAAGUUAAACAGC